CCAAGCGUGUAAAAAAUGCCUCCUGUUUGGUUUUAGUCCUGGGACCAAGUUGCCCGUCACAUAGUGCGAGCGGGGCGUUAAGCGUGAAGGUUGGGGAGUUGUUUGGCUAAACGGCACCCCGCAAGCGGCUUUGACUGUCUCAACCCGGGCCAUGGCGGCGGGGACUUCCUCCUGUUGGGCCGGGUUGCAGCCGCUCAAGUCCACCUUCCCCUUCCAAUUGCAGUCCCGGAGGAACGGAGAUGGAGAUCGGGCAGCUAGUGUUCCAUGUGCUGCCAGUCCUGAAAAGGCCUCCCAGAACAGACCUCCAAGAGUACCGCACACAUCAUCAUUAGAUACCAUCCUUGGUUCAUACCUUAUGGGCCAGUGGCCUCGGGAUGCCGAAGGACUUCCCUUGUCACAUAUGAGUGACAAAUCUACUCAGACUCCAGUAUCUUGGCAUGAGUCAGAGGUGGGAAAAGUUGCAGAUCAUAAGCGAUCUGCCUCAUGGAAUAAUAUGGAUCAUCGUAGAGAGAUUGCUAAACUGAAGCAACAGCUCCAGCGAACAAAGCUUGCUGUUUGGAAUAGCAAAGAGAAAGACCAGAGCUUUUCCACUCAAGGCAGUUAUAACAUGGUCUCAUCAACCAAGGGUUCCCCACUUGCAUCUUUUCCAGUCCUGGGCACAAAGAUCAGCCCUUCUUUCCACAACAGUUCGGACAGUAUCAAUCAGGAAUUGGAAGAGGUAUUUGUAAAGGAGCAAGGAGACGAGGAACUCCUCAGAAUAUUGGAUGUCCCAGAUGGGCACAGAGCUCCACUUCCUUUCCAAAGAAAUACUGAAGAUUCCUUGAUGCCACGACUGCCAAACAAUAGUAGCCCCUGCAGCAGUCUUUCUCUUUCUCCAUCCCCUUCAGAUGCUCUUCGACAAUCCCCACAUUCUCCUGCCCGGAUGAUAAGUGAUGAAGAUUUGCCUGAGGUUUUAGCUAAGCUAGUAUUGGAGAACAAAGGUAGAGAAAAUGGCAGCACUUGUCCAGUCCUUGCCUUUGCCCUGUCUCCUCAUCCCAACCACACCUAUGUAUUCAAGCGAGAGCCUCCAGAGGGUUGUGAAAAAAUCCAUGCUUCUGAGGAAGCAAUGCCUGAUCAGCCUUUCCUGCCUUCUUGUCCUGAUAAGAGCAAAGUCUACUUCAAACCAACAGGCUCUGCCUUCUGCCAGUUUAGUCUGGUGAAGCCUUUUAUUCCCAAAGUAAACACCCUGUACCGAGACUUCUCUUCCUCUGCCAACCCAAAGUCCUCAGGCACAUUUUCCCCUUGCCAAGCCACUACCGCUGUCCCCAUCCUCACUUUACAGAAAAACUUGAGGGGAGAUAACUUCAAUGAAAAUCCAAAAUCUCCUUCAUUAGGCUUGGAGUCCUGGAAACGGCACCAACCUGAAGACACUGUCCUCUUUCAUAGUUCUGUGGCCGUCUGAAGAAUAGGGAGUGGAGUAGAGGCAAAAUAAAUUCAUGGUCCUUCCAAGGCCUGUAGAAAAAAGUGCCUUGAUACUGGGAAAUUGAAUGAUCCCAGCAACAGCCUUAAAGUAAAGAUUGCCAUUGGACUCCUUUCAAAGAGCACUUCAUUCUGUUAAGCAUCUCUGUCAGUGUCUUUCUGCUACUCUGCUAUCCAAAGAGAAAAGAUAGCAUCUUCUCAUUUGGAAUACAUAAGACAAUUAAUUACAAGGAUUGUCUUUCUCUCUGCUUGCUUUUGUGAGGCAGGAGCUCAUUGAUGGUGUUUAAAUGUUCCUAGAGAUGUUUCUCAAGGUUCCUACAGAAUAGAGUAUAUAAUGAAUAUGAGAUGCCAGAACUUGCAUAUGCUGAUUGAAAUUGAUGUCACUGGAUAAAAAUUGAGCAGAGUAGUGUUUCAUGGGGUCUCAAGUCUGCAAUACCCUGUUAAGAUUCUUUUCAUAUCCUGCUCUGCAUUGUAUGGCUUCACAUCACUGGAAUACAGUCAGCUAAAUGCUUUGAAGUAUUUUUUUUUCAUAAUGAUUAUCCCGCACCAGAUAGUUGACUAAAAAAAUUAUUCAAGGUGUGUCUUAGAGAUAAAGAUCUUGAGUCCUCAUAAAAAGGAACAGCAGUGUCCUAUUUGCAGUUUUUCCAGAAUUUGUUUUUCAAAGAACUUUGUAGAAUGAGAUUGAAGCCCAAGCCAUUCUUGAGGGAUGCAGCUGCCAGUGGAAUUAACAAAUGCUAAAUGUUUCAUCUUGACACUACAACCCUUCUAGCCCAUGAAUUGGAAAAUCCACUCAGUUUUAUACUGAUUUUAAGAAGACUCCAAAGAUCCUAUGUUUACCUUCACCUUCAUCCUAUACCUCUAGCCAACCCCUUUAGUGGAUAGGCCUUAAACCUGGUGAUGUCUUGAUUGCAAAGUAUAUUUGGAAGUCAUAUUUUAUUAUUAAGUUUAUAGAUUGUACUAGGAGGGUUUUAUGAAAUUGAGAAACUAUAUUUUCUUUUGAAGACAGUAUUUUUGCAGUACUUUUGAAGUUUUUGUAAAUGUUAUGUACUGUAUGCACCAUGAAAAGCUUAAUGAAAAAAUCUUAAGCCUCAGAGGUUCAUUGCAUCUUCGGUUGAAAGGUUUUUGCAGAUUCUUGGUGUUUAAACCAAAUAAAAGAACGAUAAAAAUGUUGAGUAUCAA